AUCAAUGAGCCGACUUGCCACUUCUUUGGUACAACAUCCGGCUUUGCAUCUUACAACUACAAUACAUAAACAGAAUGGCCUACGACAGCCCCCGACUCUACGUCGGCAAUUUGCCUUACUCUGCGCAGCGUGAGGACAUCGAGAAGCUCUUCGCCGACAACAACUUCGAAAUCACAAAAGUUGACAUCUCCAUCGAUUCUUUCUCCGGGCGCAACCCAAGCUAUUGUUUCGUGGAGUUUCGAAGCCAAGAAGAUGCCGACCGAGCGAUGAGCAGCCUUCAAGGCAUCGAUCUUCUGGGCAGACCUAUUCGCAUCAACCCCAAGACUGAGCGCCGAUCCAACCCGAACGGCGAGAGAACGCCAAACAGGUCUUUCGAACAACGCGGCUGGCGCCCGCGCGAAGGCCCAACCGGUAACGCGAACGGGAGCUCGUACUCCACAGAUCGCUGGAAUCGCAACGACAACUAUUCUCAAUCGCAAUCGCAAGGAGAGGACCCAAAACGCGUUUAUGUUGGUGGUUUGCCACAAUUGCCAGAUCAGCAAUCUGUUGAGGCGGAGAUCAGAUCACUCUUCGCAGAGUACGAGGUCCAAGCCAUUAGCAAACUUAUCUCGCCUCACUCCAUUAACGGAAACGAUAAUGGGUCGUCGAACUACUGCUUUGUGGAUCUUGCCACACCGGAGCAAGCAGCUGAUGCAGUCAAGUGUCUCAAUGGCAGACCCACACCUCACGAUGGCACUUACCGCGUUAGUCCUGCGAAGGGCAAGAGGAGCACUGGACCUGUAGACCGGGAGCCACAACCGCCGCCUCCUGCAUCCACCAGAGUCUUCAUCUCUGGUCUUCCAGCAAUCGAGUCUCAAGCAGAACUCGACAACCAGAUCCGCGAACUCUUCGCCGGCCUGGACAUCAAGGAAGUCAGCAAACUCAUCGUGCCCCACGAGUCGAAACAAAUCGAAUCUGGAAACCACCACUACUGCUUUGCAACAUUCGAGAGACAGGAGGAAGCUGAGCGUGCGGUGGAAGCCAUGAACGGAUCACCUACGCCAAACGGUGGUACCUAUGUCAUCAAGUUCGCAAGGGAGAGACCAGCUGGUGGAUUCUCGCAAGGAGAGCGGUUCGGUGGCGGCUACCAGCCACGAUUCCAGCAGCAGAGAGAGGGACAGGACUCGCCAAGGAGGUUCCAGCAACAGCGGGAGCAAGGACCGCAGCCGACCAGGGACUUUGGUGGAAACUGGAGGAGGAAGGAUUAAGUUUGCAUUUGCCUUCGUUUCGCACAGAAGAUACGCUGCUACGUGGCGAGGGACAUGACUUACAAGCAAUUGUGUUCGGAGAUUGCGCUAGUCGUUCACUUGCAAAGCAAAAAACAACUCAGGUUUACAAGGAUUGGGAAGUCGAGCAUUAGCGAAAUAGCUUCAUCUGUUCUUUCCUCGCAGCUUCCUUGCCCGUAGCAGCUGGAAGCAAAAAGAUACCCAUUCGUAACAGAAUCGAGAUCACCUCAAACACUCACUUGCAACCAUUGCUCAG